AUGGACAUCCGCAACCGAACCACCGAGUUCCAGCGCUCUGUGUUCGCAUACAGCAAGCGAAACGGGGGCGGCGCCCCCAAGCCCGCGGCCGGCGAUGCCGCGGCGCGCAAGUCAGAGUUCCAGCAGAAGGCGUCGACCGUCGCGCACGAAAUUGCACAGACCGCACAGCUGCUGGCGAAGCUGGCGCAGCUCGCCAAGCGCAAGCCCAUGCUCAACGACAAUCCCGUCGAGAUCGCGGAGCUGACGUACGUGAUUAAGCGCAAGAUCUACUCCGUGGAGCAGAGCAUGCUGGAGCUGAGCCGACUGGGCGGCAAGCCCGGCGCGCCGCUGCCCGCGCAGCACUCGAAGAACGUGAUGAACCUGCUCAACACCAAGAUGAAGAACAUCAGCGGCGACUUCAAGAGCGUGCUGGAGCAGCGGCAGCGGCUGGAGGCCACCAACAGGGACCGAUGGGAGAAGCUCAGCGCCCAGACGGAUGACGAAAAGGCUCGGUCGCCGCAGGUUCAGCAGACCUACAACAGCUCGAAUCCGUUCAUGUCGUCAGUGCUGGAGGAGUCGCCCGCGGGCGGCUCCGAGGCGCAGCUGGCGCUGCCCCAGGACUCGUCUAUGCUGCUGCUAGAGGAGCAAAACGCGUCGAGCGCGUACCUGCAAGAGCGCAGCCGCGCCGUGGAGACGAUUGAGUCGACCAUCCAGGAGGUGGGGAACCUGUUCCAGCAGCUCGCGCACAUGGUGCAGGAGCAGGGCGAGGUGAUCCAGCGGAUCGACGCGAACGUGGAUGACAUCGACGUGAACAUCUCCGGCGCGCAGCGCGAGCUGCUCAAGUACUUCGACCGUGUCAGCAGCAACCGGUGGCUCGCAGUCAAGAUCUUCGCCGUGCUGUUCGUGUUUUUCCUGGUCUGGGUCUUGGUCAAUUAA